GUCUGUGAUUGCAGUAAAAACUGACAGCCGAAACCCCAGAGCGAGCGCCCACUCCACUCCACUCCCGUCCAGUGAAGCUGCCGCCGCUACAGCAGCAGCCGGCAGCCGCAGUGCAGUGCUUUGCUUUCAGCUCGGUUCAGCUCUCGCGCAGUCAGUCACUCGCACUCGACAGGGCAAGGAGGAGGAGGAGGAGGAGAAGAGUCGAGGCGAGGCGAGACCGGGAGAGCACGGAGGGGGCAAAAAGAGGGGAGAUUUCGAUUGGGUGAGGAGGAGGAUGGGCAUGGCAUGCGCCCAUGCCAUGGCAUGAUGGCGAGCGUGGCGCGCCUGGAGGUCAGGGGGAGGACACCACUCAUUGCUCAAGGGGAAAAGCAGAGCUGACCGUGAGAGGGCUUAGCUGCCCUUGCCUUUGUGGUGCUUGCCCCCCUUUUCUCCUUCGCUUCCGUCCCCCCUUUUCGGCAACUCCGUGGAAGAGACGAGUAGUACUAGUAGACUAGUAGCACUCCAUGGUUGAUUUGUGUGGCAGGAGGUCAGGUCUGCAGCAGGCUCAGCCGUGGUGUUGCUAACGCGUGGGCGAGGCCUUUGCCAUUCAUAAGCAAUCACCAGAAGCUCAAAGAAGAUGGAAUACUUGUGUUGAAAAGCCUUCUGAACAAAAGUCUUCACUCAAGAAGGAUCAGGUUUUUCUUCUCAAGAUAAAUAUGGCAGAAUUCAAGGUAGGAAGGAUCGAUGGUUUGCCGGCAAAGAUCAGAAGUGUCCCGGUUGCUGUCACCCCGGAAGGAUUAUGGUGCUGCCCAUCUCAGGCCGUGCUCCAGAAGACGGUGAAGAACCAUAACCAGCAGGCCAGACCUAAAGUGGGAGCAUCCCCUCCUGCGUCGAAGGCCUCCUCAGUUCAGAGGGCGACAACUAUUUCUUCGGAUAAAAGAUCACAUUCCACUCCUACUAGGUCCAAAGUCAAUUCAGAUGAGCAGGUGUGCUCCCCAGCUGAUGCUGAUGCCCCCGAUCCUCCAAAGGUGGCACAAAUGCCUGAGAACCGGCAGAAGCAACACAAGAUAUCGGUCGGAUUUGGUCAGCUCCAGACGAGUGAUUUGAAGGUUGUGCUGUAUGGCAGGGAAGGGGUUGCUGUAAAAAUGAUUGUUCACAAGAACAUCCUUGCUGAAAAUAGUACCUUCUUUGCCGAUAAGCUCUCAAGUCAAUCUCCAGUGCCGUUCAUUGAGGUGCCAGAUUGUGAGGACGUGGAGAUUUUUGUCGAGACUGUUGGGUUGAUGUACUGCAAAGAUGUCAAACAGAGGCUGAUCAAGCAAAAUGUUCCGCGAGUUCUUCGAAUCUUUAAGGUUGCAGAAUCACUAGGCUUUGCAGCAUGUGUCGUGUCAUGCUUAGAUUAUCUGGAAGCAGUCCCUUGGGUUGGCGAAGAGGAAGAGAAUGUCAUAUCAUCCAUUCGGCAAAUCCACAGCGAGAACUACGGGGUUAGCCCCCUACUGAAGAGAGUGACCUCUGAGCCAACAAAUCCGCCAAAUGACACACUCGCACACAUCAUCGAGUUGGUGCUGAAAAGCGGUGAGGACCGAGGGCGGCGUGAGAUGAAAACUUUGGUCCUCAAGCUUCUGAAGGAGAGCAAUAUCUGUAGCACCAAUGGUUCAGCUGACUCGUGUGCUGUGACCUUAUACAGUUCCUGCAGGAAUUGCCUGGAAUCCUUACUGACCUUGUUCCGUCAGGCGUCCGAUCCAGAGUUUGCGGAGCAAUCUUCAGACAAAAAAGACCCGGUCUUCCGACAGAUCACUCUUCAGGCUGAUAACCUCCUGUGGCUAGCCGAGAUCCUAGCUGACAUGAAAGACGCGGAAGAGUUAGCAUCCAUAUGGGCCAGCCAGGAAGAGCUGGCCAGGCUGCACUCCACGGUGCCAGUCAUGCACCGGCACCUUGUCAGCUGUGUCACGGCGAGGCUAUUCAUCGCGAUCGGCAGAGGCGAGGCUUUGCCGCCGAAAUGCACACGGCGGCUCCUCCUGGACGUCUGGUUGCAGCCUCUCAUGGAUGACUACAACUGGCUGCAGCAUGGCUGCCGGUGGUUCGACCGGGGUGUCGUCGAGGAGGGCAUCGGCCAGACGAUCCUGACUCUGCCACUGGAGGACCAGCAGACGGUGCUGCUCGCCUGGCUUGGCAAGUUCCUGAAGACCGGCGACGGCUGCCCGAACCUCCAGAGGGCGUUUGAGGUGUGGUGGAGGAGGACCUUCGUCAGGCCCUAUGCCGAGCAGCAGCGGCAGCAGCAAGAGAGCUCCUCUUCGUCGUCACGACACUCGGGACGUAGCUGACGCCGAUCAGAACAUCGGUAAGAGAGAUCAAACUGAGUUUGGUGCUGCUGACAAUGUAGCAAGAGCUGGUAAUAGUAGUAGUUAGGACUUGGGAGAGAUCACCCAGGAAAGUACAGGCUUUCUGAUGCUGUAGAAACCAGCAUCUGAUGUCUCAUUGCAGAAAAUGGAUCUUGUCAUCUUGUAUGAUUUGCAGCUUGUGAUUGAUCUUCUUGACUUCUUGUGUGUAACCAGAUAUGAAUUCUGUCUUAGCAGUUGUGCAUUUGUAAUCUGUAAUUGAGACCUUAAAUCCAGGCCUGUGUCUUGAACCAACAGGUCAGUGGUAUGACAAGAAUUGCAGCUCAAAAUUCAGUA